AUGAAUAACAACAAUACUACUGCUUCAAAUAUCGUUAAUUUACCAUACCUAGCCUAUGUUCGUAGAAUGGUCUCUGCCAAGAAAUCCGAAAAUGUUAACUUAGUUCGUCGUGAAUUACGCUCUCAUCAUAAUUCAAUGACCGAAUAUUCCAUUGAUCAUUUCCAUCAUUUAUUCAACUUGAAUGCCGCUCAGGAUAAAUCUAAUAAUUUAUCCAAUUUUGAAUUACAACCUCAAAUCAAUACCAAGAUGCGUGCGUUGAUCUUCGAUUUUAUCAUGUAUUCCCACACAAGAUUGAAUCUGUGUACUGCUACCUUAUUCCUAACCUUUGACAUCUUAGAUCGUUAUGCUUCAAAAUUUAUUGUGAAGUCUGGUAAUUAUCAACUAUUAGCCCUAACAACCUUAUGGUUAGCAUCGAAAUAUUGGGAUGCGAAACAUCGCGUAGUUAAUUUAACCACAUUAUGUCAGCUAUGUUGCAAUCAAUAUUCAAAACAGAAUUUCAGAGAUAUGGAAUUACAUAUCUUGAAAUCUUUGAAUUGGGAUCUAUUCCAGACUACAACUUAUGAUUCAUUGAUUGAUAUGCUACUAUUCAUGAAAAAUAAUGAUAUGGAAAACCCUUUUGAAGAUCAAGAUAGGUUUGCUGUGUCGUCAAUUUUAAAUUCUAAUUUAAAUAUUAACGAGAUUAAGCUUGGUGCUAUUAUUAUCUGUGAACUUCUAUCAUUCGAUAUUAAGAUUACUUCUACAUAUGAUACUUACACUUUAACUAAAGCUGUAAUCACAUUACUGACUUUAUCAAUGAAUUAUCAAUAUUUUGAUAAGUUUGAAAAUUUAAACGAUGUUUGUACUAACGAUCAAGAAAUGGUUAAGAUAAUAAACAAAUUAUUACAAAUUUGCGCUUUUGAUACUAAUUUCCCAUCAAGUUUCAAAUUCAAACAUUUUAACAUGAAAAAAAAUGAUGAUAAUAACAAUGAAAAAGCUUCCACUAAUGAAAACAAACCUAGUACUGCUGAAAAGUUAUUGCAACAUUUGGCUAACUAUAACCAUAAGGUACAAGCCGAUGAGUUUAUUCGUUUGCAACAAAUGGAAAUGUUCAACGAUCCGUUUUCUACAAUGUUCAGUGAUACAAACUCUUUCACAAUAUCUGAUCACGACAUUGAUAAUGACAAUGAUUUAUCAUCUACUGUCAUGUCUACGCCUAGACCUGGAUCUAUUACACCAGUAUCAUCUGUAUCAUCUUCAUCUAGUCCGUUAAUGAUAUUACCACUAGGUAGUAAACCUUCAUAUAUGGGUACUCCUAUGCUUAACGCAUUAGGUCAGAGUAGAUCAAACUCCAUUUCAACAUUGGCUGGUAUAGCACCAUAUCUAAGUAGACAUCGUUCUAUCCAUGCUCCUAUAACUCCGACAACACCUACUAUGUUUAGGAAGCCAAGCAUAAGGAAGUCAAGUACAGCCUCUAAAAUGUCUGCUAUUUAUCCUAUCCAUCAAAGAAAAAGAUCUUCGUCGAGUAAUGAUGUUCAAUUUGAACAGUACGAAAACCACAAUAAACGUUAA